AUGGCAGGAGAUAAUACCGAGGACGACGACAACCUGUUGAGCCUAUUGGAAGGCGAUGAGUUUGUGACCGAGGAGGAGCGCCGAAAGCAAGAAGCCGAGAGACGGCGCUUGGAGAGAAAACGACGCCUGGAGAGAUUGGAAGCUGAAACAGGGACGACAGAACCAGCCGUGGCAGCUCCAAGACAAGAGAAUGCUGUUGCCGUGAAGCACGAUCCUGGAAUCAAUUCCGUGUCACCGAUCGUAGCAGACGGCGCCAUGGCCAAGGCGGCCACAGCAGGGGGAAACACAGCAGGAGGGACUCAACAGGACUGGGACGAUUCAGAGGGAUACUACAAAGCUGUUAUUGGAGAAGUCAUCACUGUGGAUGCUUCCAAGAACAACCAAAGCGAUGGCACUGCCAGUACUACAGUUGCUGGUGGUGGUGACAUUAGUUUUCGUGUUUCAGGCGUGAUUGGAAAGGGCGUCUUUUCUUCAGUCCUCAAAUGCACCACAAUCAGCAAUUCCACGAGUGUAAUGCUUCCACCUGUUGUGGCUAUCAAAUGCAUUCGUCACAAUGAAACCAUGGCCAAAGCAGCCUUUUCUGAAAUCCAAUUCUUGCAACGGUUGAAGAACUCUUCUGGCAUUGUCGACCUCUUGCUACCUACAUCUACGACGCCAUUGGACCAUCGUGGCCAUGUUCUUCUCGUCUUUCCGUGUGCCGACUAUAAUUUGCGUGAUGUGCUACAAAAGUUUGGAAAAGGCGUGGGUCUUAGCCUCGAAGCUGUUCGAUCCUACUUUCAUCAAUUGUUGGGUGCUGCCAAUCACUUGAAGAAACAUGCCAUACUUCACAGCGAUCUGAAACCUGACAACAUCCUCGUCUCAAGAGACUUCAAUAUGGUACAAUUGGGAGAUUUUGGAUCCGCCAUUGAUGUUUCGGUUUCCUCUCAGUCACAAACACCAACGCCAUACCUCGUAUCUCGGUUUUAUCGGGCUCCCGAAGUCAUUCUGGGUCUCGUUCCUACCUAUGCCAUGGACUUGUGGAGUUUGGCAGUGUCGGUGGCUGAAAUCUUUCUGGGUAACGUCGUGUUCCGGGGCAACACCAACAAUGACAUGAUUUACAGCUUUAUGCAACACUUGGGUCCCUUCUCCAAUCGUCUGAUACGACAACACUUAGUCCAAUGCCAGAAAAUGCCCAUUCCUCCCCAUUUCACACAACGAAAAGACGGAGCUGGCAGCGAUUAUUUGUACAUGCAGCACACGGUUGAUCCCGUCACGGGCAAGCCGGUCCAGAAAUACAUUUCUCUGUUUUCGGGAGAUCAAGGCAGCCAAGAUAGUCAACACGAAGUCUUCCCUUCAACCCCCCUCUCCAAAAAGUUACUCAAGGCCAAAUCGGCCAAGGAUUCGCGGACUCUGGUGCUUCGCUUUGCUGAUCUACUCCAAAAAUGCCUUUCGCUCGAUCCCAGCAGACGAAUAAGCUUGAGGAACGCACUCCAACACGAAUUCUUUGCCAAGGGGGCAUCAUCAUCAUCAUCAGCUGGUGGUGGUGGAUCCAAUGGAAAACAAAAGUCUAGCUAG